AGAGCAAGUCACAGCAUUAUCUCAAAUUGCAGACGAAAAAAAAAAGGAAAGUAAAGCGUGCGAGAAGCGGUGAAGUGGCAGAGGCGGCCCGUGCUGAUAGCGUGAAUAUACGACGGCAGCUCUGUUGCGCGAGCUCCGUUCGUCGAGUGCGCCCAGACAAGGUGUUGCUCCGACGUCGUACGAGGCUGCAUGUACUACGCGAUUUCGAGACGCAUAGUUGCCAGCCGUCAUCGCAAGCACCACGGUUUCGUGGCGACGGUUAUAGUUGAAUAUCGCAGCGUGUCGGUUGGGAUGCUCGCACAAGUGUAUGAAUCGCUGUCGCCCGGUCGGUGCUUACGGUCGUUAGAGUUCCGUGUAUGAGUGUUUGUCCAGUCUAGGUGGAAGUGAUGCAAAGGAAAUGGAUUUCAGAAGGUAUUACGAAAGAUGGCGAUCUCGAUGACUGCGCCGGGGCGGCCUCGCCUGCCUUCGAGAGGCCCGCGUUUCAAAGGCAGACGUCUGAGGUCAUCUCCGCCAUCGACGAACCGACGGAAAACAUCAAUCUGAGCUGGAACGCACCCGAGUUCUACAAGAGGUUGAAACGCUUUCGGCGGACUCAGCUUGAAUAUGACACUUGGAACCCUAACCGCUGGGCCAGCUGUCCCGAGGUGGUCAACCCUUCCCCGCGGACUCUGUCCCCCGCCAAUCCUGGCGUUCGCUUCUACGUCGGAACAAGCCCUUCGGGUCAGAGCAUCAGCGACGAAGACGAGGAGGAACGGUACAAGACGUACCUCUACUACCUGCUGAGCACCACGCGGAGCGCGAGCUCGGAGAUCCGCUUCCUGGACCUCUUCCAGGAGGCGCAGGACAACAUCCGCGCCUUACCACGGCAAGAGAGCAGCUCGACGUUAGACGUCGUGCUCUCCUCGCGACAGCAGCUGUCCUACUCGCCUUCUGAACUCCGUGGGCCAGCGGGCGUCCUGGUCUUCCGGUGGCGGCGAUGAGUGUUCAACCGAAAACGGCUGGUGCUUUACGCCCAGGAAGACAUCGGGGCCGGAAAAGCGUUGGCUCUCGGGCACCAGCACCACGCUUACUCACAACCGGUCAGCCCCGAAGGAUCGCGCGUCAGCGUGGCCACGAUCAGCGCGUCAGUUAGCGAGAAGAUGACGCUGCCCAGGAGGCUUAACAACGAUGCGCGCGACGCCCGCAACGGCCGCGUGUGGUGCCGUGCCUACGACAACCCGUGCUUCGACUCGACGGGCAGCCCGAAGUCUUCGUUCCAGGACAAAACUGUCUGCGCCAGUGUUGGUAACGGUGAUACCCGCGUGGUGGCGCAGCAGCCGGCAACCGUACCGCCUUCCGACGUGCUGUUUCACCAAGACCACAAGUGCAGUGUGUUCGACGUGCGAAGGCUCAACGCUAUUCUUCGUUACGUGUUCUGCUGCGACUGCUGCGUGUGGGACGCGAGCCACGCUCGUCGAGCGACGGAGUCGUAG